AUGGAUGGCCUCGAGUUCUUCCCCAACGCCAGCCGUCUCAACCACCUUGCGUCACCACCAGCAGUUUCCUCGCCGGAGACCCACCAGCAGCCCUCCACCUCUCGAGCUCUCCCUAGUCUGCACCAACCAGCGCCUCCCCUGAUCCCCUUGUCCACCUCCUCCAGCCAUGAACGCCUGGGGGCCCAACAGCCCGAGCACCAGCCGGCAACCGAAGCUCCAUCACCUACGACCAGGACCGACCUCUUCUGCUCCCCUUCCUCCUUCUCGUUUCCUUCUCCUCCUCUCUCUCAACUCCCUCUCCGUCUCUAUACCAGGUACGAACAGGAGAGCACCCGACUCCAUGGAUGGCCUCGAGUUCUUCCCCAACGCCAGCCGUCUCAACCACCUCGCGUCACCACCGGCAGUUUCCUCACCGGAGACCCACCAGCAGGUCACCAGCAUUGUGCCCCGCCAUCUCCAGCCUCGUGCGUCCAAGCCCGUGGCCGCCGCCUUGCCUCGUCGCCGGAGUCCCUCGCCCGCGCCAAGCUCCUGUCGCCAUCGUUCCCGGCGCCUUUAGCUCCGCCACUGGCCAAAUCGAGCUGCCCCAGGGUCCCUCUGUCCCCUACUACAUUCGAUCCGGAGGAUCCCGGCCGGAGCUGCCUGCGUUGGCCUGUCCCUGCCCGAGCCUCCCCUGCAUCCUGUUCGCGCCUCCCGCACCUGAGGCCUGAGUUCCUCCUGCGAUGCCCGCCGCCGGAGCUCCUCCUUGCCCGCGCCUGGAGGACGCCGAGCUGUCGACGCUCCUCCCCAACCCUCUGCAUCGCCUGGAUCCGGCUGGGUCCAUGCUUCCCUGCCGCCGGCGCCGCCAAGUCCCUGCAUCGCCGCUGUUUUACCUGUCACUGCCUUUCUUCUUCAGAAACGAGCAGCAGUGACUCGCUCGUCCCGAGCGUUGACUGCCUUCUCUGCAUCGAACCGGGCCGCCCCAACGACCGAGCUCCUCCUGCAAGGCCCAGCGCCGCCUCUACAUCGCCAUCGCCAUGGGUCGCCGGAUCCACAAGCCUCUCCGCAAACGGGCCGAAGCCCAUGGCUUGCAGGUGCCGAUGAGUCCGUGCAGAUGACGCAACCAAGCUCAGGAGGAGCUCG